AUGGAGAAAGUUGAUAUGAAGGAAUUGUGUCCUUGUCAAGAUAAGGAAAGGUAUCAUGAGCUUGGUAGUGCAUUGGAAGGAUGUGUUCAUUUCAAUGAAGAUUAUAAAAUGUUGUUGUUAUAUAUAGAGCAGGGUAGAAUUGCCUAUGGUGGUUAUAACCCUAGGCCUACUUGUACUGAUGUUGAAGAUGGGAUUUUAAGUAAGAAGCGAGGAAAUGAGGAUAGGGAUUUAGACAAUAGGAAACAAAGAAUUGAUAUGGAGAUUGUACCUGGUAAAGAGCAGAAGAUAAAAGAGGGGAUUUUGAGUAUGAAGCAACGAAACGAGGAUAGGGAUUUAGACAGUAGGAAGCAAAGAAUUGAUAUGGAGAUUGUAACUGGUAAGGAGCAGAAGAUAAAAGAUGGGAUUUUGAGUAAGAAGCAACGAAACAAGGAUAGGGAUUUAGACAAUAGGAAGCAAAGAAUUGAUAUGGAGAUUGUACCUGGUAAGGAGCAGAAGAUAAAAGAUGGGAUUUUGAGUAAGAAGCAACGAAACGAGGAUAGGGAUUUAGACAAUAGGAAGCAAAGAAUUGAUAUGGAGAUUGUACCUGGUAACGAGCAGACAAUGAAAGAUGGGAUCUUGAGUAACAGGCGACGAAACGAAGAUAGGGGCUUAGAUAAUAGGAAUCAUAGAAUUGAUGUGAAUAUUUUACCUGGUAAGGAGCAGACAAUGAAAGAUGGGAUUUUGACUAAGAGGCGAGGAAACGAAGAUAGGGGAUUAGAUAACAGGAAUCAUAGAAUUGAUGUGAAUAUUAUACCUGGUAUGGAGCAGAGGAUUCAGAAUGAUAGCAAAUUCAUGGAUGCGGAAGUAAAAAUUGAACCUCAAGAAGAUUCUGAUUCUAUUAAGGAGGCAGAAUCCGAAAGUGAAGUAGAAAUCCUUGAAAAUAUAGGUACAGAGGUAGGUUGGGGCAGUAGCUCUAACCCCUUUGUACCUUCAGUGGAACGUUGCCUGAAUCUGGAUGCGACAAUCAUAGAUUCUAGGUACAGGAAGGAGGUUUUGAAUUUAUUGAUGACGCCCUACAAUGGAGAGGAGUAUAAGAAGCUCUGGAAAGACAUUAGGAUGCGAUUACCAUCUAGCUCAAGAAAUGGACGUGGGAAAUCCCUUCUAUCACUCCAUAAAGGUGUCAAUCAGGAAAUCAAAAGGGCCGGUCCUGACAAAGAUAAAAAGUUGAACAUCAUGCGUGGAUUUUUCUUUUGGUUAGAGCAUCUAACUCAGCAAGAUGCAUUCCAGCCUUGGGAGGAUGCAGAAUGUCUCCAGACGCUGCCUGGAUCUCCUUAGAACCUGUUACUUUUUCCCAUUCCCGAAUGUCAAUGUGUGCCAUAAAAACAAGCAAUGGAAGAAAACCAACAACAAUUAUUAUGCCGCAGUCCCAAAUAAGUUAGGGUCAGCUAUAUGAAUCCUCAUUGACCAUGUUUCCUUAUUUAAGCUCAACUCAUGUCAUAUCAUUCAACCGUUAGUAGAAGAAACCCAAAGAUUAAUAUUUCAAUUACUGGUAGAUAACAUUUGCAUUGUGUAUGAUCCAUUUGGGAAAAGUUUUCAAGACAGACAGAGAAGGUGAAAGUUUCUUAUA